AUGGCAGCCGGAAUGAUUUACAAUUUACGACAUCGAGGAUUACUUCGAGCAAAAGGAAAGGAAGUAUUUCAAUUCCUGCAAGCUCUCGUUACAAAUGAUAUCAGACGCUUAGUAGAUGGUCAAGCACAGUAUGCUUUGCUGCUUAAUAAUCGUGGUCGUAUUGUGGAAGAUUUAAUUUUGUACCGACAAGCAGAUGAAAUUUUGAUUGAAAGCGAUCGAAGCAAUCAAUUGAAAUUACGGAAAUUAUUUGAAAUGUUUAAAAUACAUAAAGAUGUAACAAUUGAAGAAGUAACAGAGAGGUAUGUUUAUCAUGCUGAUAGCGCAACGAAUAAUAUUCCUGGCAUUCAAGAUCCGCGAGUUCCAUCAUUUGGUAAACGUAUUCUUAGCAAAAUUUUGCCAGAUGAUCAAACAGUAGAUGAGAAUGCAUACCGAGAAAGGCGUUUUGAUUUCGGUAUACCGGAAGGACCGAAUGAAGUAGCUGGUGAACUUCCAUUAUUCAUGAAUGCAGAUAUCAUGAACGGUGUAAGUGCUAAUAAAGGAUGUUACUUAGGCCAGGAAUUGACAGCCCGGGCAUUAAACGCACCAGAAAUACGGAAACGCCUUUUGCCUUUCACAUGUAAAAAUAUGGUUACUGGAACUCUAAUUAACAGUGAUGGACGGCGUGCAGGAAAGGUGAUUGCAUGUACCGGAAGGAAAGGUCUAGCUUUGGUAUAUACUUCAGGUAGUAAUCCACCAACACAUUUCCAGUUGCAGAAUGAAAACAUUGAAAUUUUUCUACCUUCUUGGUGGCCAUCUGAUUCUUUCAGUGUUUCAUCACAGGCGCUAUAA